AACAACCACCCCUCUGUGCAUAGCAAUCUGCACUGAAAAGUGCGGGUGGGGUGGAGAGAGAGAGCUGGAAACUCACAGAUCACCUUGUUGGUUAGACUCAGGCCAGAUGGGAACUGUGGAAGAGAUGAGAACAGGACUGUUUUGAGAGAGAGAGAGAGAGAGAGAGAGAGAGAGAGAGAGAGAGAUGGGAAGCAUGAAAGAGAGGAGGAAGGAAGGAAAGAAAGAAACAGAAUGUGAUCUCUUUUCAAACAGCGUGACUGUAUGAACAAAUUGUUAUUAAAGCUUGCUGCAUCUGAUCACCUGUGGUGAUUAAAGAGUGUCUCCAGGUAUCAAGGAAGUGUAACAAAAACUGUGUUCUUAGCCCCCCCCCAAAGUGUAUGUCGGGCAGCAGCUGGUAACCAUCUGCCUCCAUUUUCUUCCAGGUGUGUGUGCCCACCCACACCCAUCUCCCACGUUGUAGCAAUGCCCCACAGCCUGGCCUUGCUUUUGGUGGCAGCGACGUGGGCUGUGGCCACCCCUGCCGAUGGAUGCAAUAAGGCCCUCUGUGCCAGCGACGUCAGUAAGUGCCUGCUGCAGGAAGUGUGCCAGUGCGAGGCCAACCACGCUGGCUGCCCAUGCUGUCGGGAGUGCGCCUUUUGCUUAGGCAAUCUGUGGGAGUCAUGCUGUGAAUGUGUGGGACUGUGUGACGAACACCCCUCAUCGGCGCCCCGCCCUGCCCUGCGAAGCUCCAUGCACAACCUGAUGUCCCCGGUGCCCUCGCUCUUCCGAGCGCUCAUGGCGAUCUCCGACAACGACCCUCCCAUGGCCUGGACCAUCCUGACCCUGCCAAUCGAAGAGGAAUUGCGGCAGAACCAUGCAGAGACAGGCCACCUCUUGCUGGGGCCACACACAGGAACCACUGGCUUGGCCCUCCUGGAUGCCGAGGGCCUCAGUGCAACAGCGCCACCAUGCCAGUCCAUUUUCUUCAAUGAGUGCCUGUCCAUGAGCCGAUGCCGGACAGCUUGCCAGUCAGUGGGCGCCUGGCGGUAUCGCUGGUUCCACAAUGCCUGCUGCCAGUGCCUUGGCCCUGACUGCCGGGGCUAUGGAGGGGCCUAUGCACAAUGCUCCAGCUGCCGGGACUGAUAAUUCUGCAUCUCUCCCACCCACCCCAAACACACACACACACACACGUCCUGCUCUCACCUAUACUUUCACCACUUGUCCCAAUCUCACCCAGCCUUUCUUUCUUCCUGCUCCUGUCCCUUUCACACUUUUCUCAUUGCAGAAACUUGAAUGAAGCAUUGACGGCUGUAUUAAUUAAUGCUUUGGUUCUAUGGGCAUCACCAGCUCAGCCCCCUUGCCCUGCAUUGGUCAACAAAGGUCCUCACAAGCUCGGGCUGCUGCCGCCUCCCCUCGACCCUUGGAGAGCUUCCCAGUUACAUUCUCCUCUCUGCUCUCUCUUAUAGCCAAGCCCGACUUUUGCUUUUUAUCUACUACUGAUUCCUGCUUAAGGCACACAGAGGAGACAGUUCCUUCCCCUGACUGCUGUGGCAUUUGUAGCGCUGCGUCUGGCAAGAGCUGUCCUAGGCAGCCGUCAGCAGUCGCCUUGCCAAAAGCAAGAGCCCUUCCCAAACAUUUCCCAUCUCUUCACCCAGCCCCAGACUUUUUGAACUUACCAUGCCAAGUGCUUCAUUGACCUAGAUAUAAAACUUUGUGAGUUCCCCACUCUCCAUUCCUUGUAAUAAUAAAAGAAAUCUUUU